UCUAACUUCAAAGAAGUAGUGCUAUUACCAGAGCUACAUGACCAGAAACACUCGAACUUGAAGGGCCCAUUUCUUAUGGGUAAUUUUAUCUCUGUGGCGAUCACGAGUUUGAGCCUGUCUCAUUUUUUGAAAGUCAGUUUUUCGGUAGAAGCUGAUGCGGCCGUGGAGCUGCUGCCUGUGCUUUCUACUGAUGUGACAAAUCCUGAUCCUGAAGAAGAUGGCGUCAUUCUGGAUGAAGACCCGAAACAUAGUGGAAGCAAACCAUUGGAUACAUGCGAAUCCAAUAUCGUUGCGCCUAGCCAAAGUAGCGCAAUACCAGUGAAAUUCAAACUAAAGGAUAGCACUUCCACUUCAGAAGCAUCAUCUUCCACCUGUAACCCAAUUCGAUUCGAGCUCAAAGUGACUUACACAGUCGCAAGCACAGGAGACGAAACGACCACUGAUUCUCCCCAAACGAAGCUCCUUCCAAUAACGCUCCAAUGCAGAAAACCCAGUGAUUCUCUGCUGUACACUUUUCUCGACCACGACGGAACAGUGAACCGCGCAGCUGCAAUUAUGCCUUUGCUGUCUACCUCUCCCACACUCGUCCAGAGAGAGGCAGGACCCGGAGGUAAACUAAAACUACCCAGGAGCAGUAAAAAGACUGCAUAUCCUGUAGUCUUGAGUCUUCAUGGUACUGGUGUAGACGUACGCAUGCAAGCAGACAGUUACAAAUACAAACCUCGGGCAAAUGACGUACGAAAAUUACUACAGAAACUGCAAAAAGAAGAAGCUUUAGGUGGCGCUAAUGAAGCUUGUUCUAGUGGUUGUACUGGGUCCGGGCCAGAGAGGACUGCGGAGGUGGAUGACAGAGACAUCAAUAAGACCACUAGUACCUCCUUCUACCCUUUACAGGAUCUCCAGAAAGCAGAAAAAGCAUGGAAAAUCAAGAAAGAUGAAGACGUUCCGUAUCUCUUUGGUAUCGAAAAUGCGUGGGUAAUCGCCCCAACUAGACGUGGUGCACACAACUGGGAGUACACCGGCUUCCUGUCUGCGCUCGCAGCUGUGAAGGCUUUGAAACGGAUAAUAGAAGCCACGUCGUCCUCAUCUUCAAGUUCAAUCUCUAGCUCUUUAUCUUUUCCCGCUCUACGCUUACCCCAACUAGAUGACGAAAAAAUGAUCUACACUGGCCAUUCGAUGGGUGGUCAUGGAGCAAUGGUCCUCGCCACACGUGCACCUGGUCCAAUGCAAGCAGUCGCACCGCUGGGCAUGUGGAUCAAAAAAGAAGAGUAUGGAGAUAGCAACCGAUUCUUUCAUCUGGAUGUGCAGAACGCGCACGUGGAACCGAGUCUGAAUUAUGAAUGGACUCAUGCUGGAGUAUAAGUGCAAGGGUUUCAUUUUUAGUUGAUGUCUAUCGUUCGUACGCAAAGAUGAGAAUCAUAAUCUUCAAUGAAACCAAUCACUGAGUACUCUCCGCAUUCUACAUCCUCUAAGAGUCAGCAGUUCUAGAAGCUAGCAUGGCUGAAAACUCAGUGGAGCCUCAGUUGGGCAACGUUGCGGAGCGACGGCCAUUUUUACCUGUGAAGUUUCGCGUUGGCGCUAAAGAUCAGGCGACCCCUGCUUGGUUCUCGCGUCGACUUGCAAGGAGUUUGACGGGAUGGAGUAAAAGUGGUCCGAUUACUCCUUCUCCUAGUCCUUGUCCUACUUCUUCUCGUUCUAACGUUAAGGCUCAACUUUCAUUGGUCACGGGGCUUGGUCUCUGACAUCAGAGAGGAGACCCACUGAGAGAACAGGGGAAAACUAACGGAAAACAAGGGGAGAGGCAUGGGGCAUUUUGCUUUCCGAAUCAGUGGCCACUGACCGCUGACCUUUAAUAACGGAAAGACUACGAUGCAAAGGAGUUCUACACUUUCCAUCGCUCCUUCGAUAG